UUAGUCUGGAUUUUUUUCAUAUUCAUGAAGGAGGUUCUUGCUUUGGCACAAAACACUAAAGAUGCAGGAGGGGCACCCAGAGGUGGUAAGCCCACCCCGCAGCCCCGGCACUGUGGAAACUGGGUACGAAACACAGAUGGUGGAGUCUUCAGCUCGCCAAACUACCCAAACACGUACCCUCCCAACAAGGAGUGCCUGUAUGUUCUGGAAGCCCUCCCCCGCCAGAGGAUAGAGCUGCUGUUUGACGAGACCUUCUACAUUGAGGCAUCAUUUGAGUGCCGUUUUGACCACAUCGAGGUGCGGGACGGUCCCUUCAGCUUCUCACCGCUCAUCAACCGCUUUUGUGGCUCGGCCAGUCCGGGACUUGUCCUCUCCAGUGGACGCUUCAUGUGGAUCCGCUUCUUCAGUGAUGAGGAGCUGGAGGGGACUGGCUUCCAGGUCCAGUACAGCUUUACUGCAGACCCUGAAUUUCAUCUGCAUGCGGGAGGAAUCUUAAAUCCUAUCCCAGACUGUCAGUUCGAGCUGGCUGGGGCUGAUGGCGUGAUCCGUUCCAGUCAGGUGGAGGAGGAGUACAAGGUGAGACCGGACCAGGCAGUGGACUGCAUCUGGACCAUACGCGCCCCGAAAAGCAACAGGAUCUACCUGCGAUUCUUGGAGUACCAGAUGGAAAACUCAAAUGAAUGUAAGAAGAACUUUGUUGCUGUGUAUGACGGCAGUAAUGCCAUCGAGGACCUCAAGGCCAAGUUCUGUAGCACAGUUGCUAAUGAUAUCAUGCUGGACACUGGUGUUGGCGUGGUUAGGAUGUGGGCAGAUGAGACAAGCCGCCUCAGCCGUUUCCGGAUGCUCUUCACCUCUUUUGCUGACCCACCCUGUGUAGCCAGUGCAUUUUUUUGCCACAGCAACAUGUGCAUCAACACAUCUCUGGUGUGCAACGGCAUACAAAACUGCGUCUUUCCCUGGGAUGAAAGCAAUUGUAAAGAAAAGAAGAACAAAGGUGUCUUUCACCAGAUCACAAAGACUCAUGGGACAAUAAUCGGUGUGUCUACAGGAGUGGUUGUACUGCUUCUCAUUGUCUCUAUCUUGGUACAGGUCAAACAGCCACGGAAAAAGGUGCUGGUGCGUAAGAAUAAUCUGUUCCACCGGGCCGACUUCCAGGAGGUUUUUGACCCUCCUCAUUAUGAGCUCUUUACUCUAAGAGACAAGGAAAUGACUGGGGACCUUGGAGAGUUAUCAGAGGAACUGCAGUCUCUGCAGGCGCUCAGGCGCUCCUCAUCAGCCUCACGCUGCAUCCAUGAGCACCACUGUGGCUCCCAGGCCUCCAUCAACUCCGUCAAGCCCAAUCAAGGUGCAGCUGCCAUGGGUAUAGGAUCCAUGGAGUUCCCUGCUUUUAGAGGGGACUUCCAGAGCGCCUUACCUCCCUUUCGGGGCUUGAACAGCAGCCUGCGGAAGAAGAGCUGGCCUAGUAUGAAAUCAGGCCGAAUGGACGGACAUCAUGGGAUGGGGGAUAGGGGACUGGGGCGACAGGAUAGAGUGAUGGAGGAGGAAGAAGAGGAGGAGGAGGAUGGAAGGUAUGAUGUGUAUGUGCGCAGAUCAGGAAAUCGAAGAGGGAACUAUGAAAUGGUCCAGCAGAGAUCCUUGUCCAUGGACUUCUGAAAAGAAAAGUUGCAAUGAGGACAGCAAAGAUGAUACAGUAAAUACUAAAGCAACAGGAGAACAUGAGUUUUAGUGAUCAGACUUUCCGUAGACUGUGCCACGAUUUAGGGGCAGAAUAAUACACAUUUGCUGGAGAGAGGAAGAAGAAAAAAGACUCCUCAUGCACUACAUUCACUCUCAUCUAACAUCUCAGAGAGGAUCUAUGUCACACGAGCCCUUUUGUAUAACAAUAAUGGGAUGUGUUAUUGAUCCCCGUUGAGAAAUUCUCUUUUCACUUGCGUCCUCCCACAGGGAGGGUGGGGCACAGCGUCAGUGGCAGGACAUUGUGCUUCACGAGCUUGUAGGGAUUCAGUGUCUUGCUCAAAGACACACCAGGACCUGAAACCAGGCCUUCCAGUUAAAGGACAGCCUCUGGACUCACCACACCACCCUCCUGCUGAACAGGGUGUUUAAAGCACUGAUCUGAGAUCCUAACUGUUUAGAUUCUCUGACACCUGAAAACAUUAACUGGAAAAGCUGACUUAGCAUAAUAUUGACAGCUGCUGUUAACUUAUUUGAGAUCAUUAUAUAGCCCUUAGUAUAAAAGUGACAUAUAAUGUUGUGUAAAUCUCAUCAAUGUAUUUUAAUUGAAAACAGAUUUUACUAUUCCAUUAUUAAUAGUCAUUACCUAAAGUGUUUUGGGACAAUGUUUACAGUGCUGAAUGUAUGCUUUAAGCGAACAUGUGAUAUAUAAAUGGAAUAAUGAGAACUUUUUUCUCAGAUUUUAUCUGGUUCAUUCGAAAUCGAGGUAGGAACAGUUAAUCAGCCUCUGUUCAUUGGUCCAUUUGUCAUGCACAACAUCUCAGAUGCUUGUUAUCAAAUUUUCAUG